AUGAAGAAGGUCCUACUAGCCACCAACUCGGAAUACGGCCAGGCGAACGUCUUCCUCGCCGCCGGCCACGCGCUGCAAGCACUGGACCCUGACGUGCGGAUCCACUUUGCUUCCUACCAACAAAUCGCCAAAGACGUCGCCACCGCCUCGGCAUACUCAGUGCACUGCUCCCAGGGCGGCGGCGCGCAGCCAUGGACCUUCCACGAGCUAGACGGGCCGAGCUUCGAGAAGGCGGUCGAGGGCCGAGAAAAGACGGGCAACCGCGUGCCGAUCGGGGCGCUCAUCACCAAGCCGCCGGGCUUCUUCAACAACAUCGAGCUGUUCCGCCGGCUGCCGAGCCUGCUGCUGCCGUGGGACGGCGCCGAGACGGUGCAGGCGAUCCAGAGCUUUAAUCGUAUCGUCGACGCUGUGCAGCCGGAUAUUGUCGUGAUUGAUUCGCUCUUCUCGCCCGUCCUGACGGCCUGCCGCCACCGCGGGCUGAGGCACGUCAUCCUCUCGCCGAACACGCUCAAGGAUUUUGGUGCGGCGCUGCAGCCGUGGGGGGCGCUGCUGUGGAAAUUCCCAGUAAUGAGCACUGGUUUCCCCUUCCCCGUGCCCCCCCGCUACAUCCCAGCCAACAUCUUCUACUGCCUCUGCAUCAUCUACUAUACCCUCACCGACACCGCCAGGCGGGCCACGGCGGCGCACGUCAAGCGCGAGACGGGCGCCGACCUGAUCACCUUCGAGGACCUGAUGAUGCGGCCCCUGCCGGGCCAGAAGAUCCUGGUCGCCAACCGGCCCGAGAUCGAGUUCCCCAUGGUCGUGCCCCAGCACCUGACCCCGUGCGGGCCUGUCAUACGCCCGGCGCCCUCCGUGGCCGAGGUCGACCCGGAGCUGGACGCGUGGUUGAGGCGGGGGCCGACUGUGUUUAUCAGUCUGGGCACGCACCGGUUUAUGGAUGAGGAGGAGGCGGUGGAGAUGGCAACGGUGGUGAGGCAGUUGCUGGAUGCGGAUGACGAGAGGGAGAAUGGUGGGGGUGUGGGUGGUAUAAGCGGGAGGCUGCAGGUGCUGUGGAAGCUGAAGAAGGUCAAGACGGACCAGGAUUACGGGACGCUGAAGCAGUAUGUCGGGAAGGACUUUGGGACGGAAAAGGGGGGCAGGAUCCAUGGGAUUUUGGGCGACGCGCUCGACUCGGACCGCGUAAGGAUUGUCGACUGGGUCAAGCCCCAGCCCUCGGCCGUGCUCCAGACGGGACAGGUCGUAUGCUCGGUCAAUCACGGGGGUGCGAAUUCAUUCAAUGACGCCUUGACCUCUGGGGUACCCCAGGUGCCGCUCCCCGCGUGGCUGGACUGCUACGACUUUGCGAGCCGUGCCGAGGUGCUCGGCAUUGGCCGCUGCGGCAGCAGGAAAUCUGCGCCCAAGUGCACGGCGCGAGAGCUCGGGCCGAUCGUCGUGGAUGUGGUGUUCGGUCCCAACGCGCAGUCGAUGAGGACGAAGGCCAAGGAGCUUGCGGCGCUGUGUAAUAAAACCCCCGGUGCUACGGUCGCUGCGGCCGCCAUACUGGACGAGAUUGAUAACAAGAAGGGAAAGUAG